AUGGCGGAGCAUGCCGUGCAACGUGAUGGCGACCAGGCUUCACAAAAAAUCCAGGAACUCAAGGCCGUGGCAUGUAUACCAGAGGCCGAUGCUCGAACGGUCUUGUAUUUCCUCUGCGACGACGACGAAAUGAUCCGAAGGAAGGUCCUCGGCAUUUACCAAAACAUCCCAAAGACGGACGUCUGUACGAACUGCGAGAAGGAGUUCGACACAGACAAUAACGGGCCUGACGCGUGUUGUUAUCACCCGGGGGAUUUCGAAUUGGACGAGGAUCUCGAAUUCUGGGAUACGAUAGACGACGACGAUGGCAACCCAUAUUAUGAAAGAGAUAGCGACGCAAAUCGCAAAGAUUGUCCCGAAGGAUUCAGAUGGAGCUGCUGCGAGCGCGUGGGGGACGUGGAGGGGUGCGAGAAGGGGAGACACGAGGCCAAAGGAAUAACAACUGCCGAAGCGACUGCACACAGCCUGGCGCUUGCAGUUGCCCGCAUUAAAGCCAGGUUGAGUAAGGCCGAAAGCAUGUCACGCAAAGAGCCUGGGGGCGAGGUUCCAGGAGAGCAGAGUUCCAACAAGCGCAAAGCCGAGGAGGAGUUCGAUGACGGCGAUGCGGCCAAGGCAAAGAAAGGCGCCGACGGGUAUGGUCUGGGCAUCUUUGAAUAA